AUGGAGGUGCUGGAAGAACGGCGUGCUGAUGGAGUAGAUGGAAACGAAAAAGUGUCUAAUGCUUUCGCCGGGAAGGAUACAAAGGGACGAACCGAUCGGGCUUAUUGGGUGAUUCGAUGCCGCUCCUCCAAGGUGACAGCAUUCUUGAUAUCCAUUGUGGCGAUGCAAAUAGUAUCAAUGGUUGCGAAAGGCUCGGUAAUCUUUUAA